AGGUAUUUCUAAACGACGCCACAUGGUUAUUGAAACCAGCUAGCUGUACUGUAGCUGUCGAGAAGCACGGCCGAAGAUGUCUGCCCACUUACAGAUGGCUAAAAUGCUGGACCAGCUCAUGGGCCAAAACAGAGACGAACUAUGUUACACCAUGUACGUCUGAUUGAUUGAUAAACCGGGAUGAUGAUGACAAGCUCAGGCACUUUAUGGACAAAGAUGUCUGCCAUCCUUUCUUCCUGGGCAUAUGUAUGAACUCUCUCUUCACCAACACGAGAGUUGAGAUGGGUGACUGCCCCAAGAUCCACUCAGUAGGGCUGAAAGAAGAGUACGAGAAAGCCUCCAAGAACAGAGACUAUUACGUCGAGGAAGAGGUGCUCAACUACCUCAGGUCCUUCAUUUCUGACAACGAGAGGAAGAUAGAGUCGGCCAAGAAGAGGCUCACACUCACUCAGGAGGCACCUGGUCUGGAGGAGAAGGUGGACCAGAUCCAUGAGUUGUCUGUGCAAAUUGGAGAAAAAGUAGCCAAAGCCGAAGGAUUGGGAGCAGAAGGCAAAGUGGACGAAUCCUUGGCCAUGAUGUCCGAGGUGGAGGAGAUAAAGAUGAGGAAGAAGAAUAUGGAGGACGAGUACCACAAUGCCAUACCACGCCACGCCCAGCAACAGCAGAAGCUGCGAGCAUGUGAGGUGUGUGGUGCCUUUCUGAGCAUGUACGACAACGACCGGAGGCUGGCCGACCACUUCGGAGGCAAACUGCACAUUGGGUUUGUGACCAUCAGGGAGAAGAUUGCUCACCUAGAGGAGACCAUUGCUGAGAAGGAGGAGCGUCGUAAGAAGGAGAGGGAGGAGCACCAGCGUGAGAGGGAGGAGAGGGAGAAGGAGAGGGAGAAGAGACGCAGGUCAAGGAGUUCUGAUCGUAGGGAGAGACGAAAAAGCCGUAGUCGUGAACGAGGCAGACGCAGUCGCAGCCGAGAGAGGACUCGUCGUAGCCGUAGCCGUGAGCGACGCAGGAGUAGGCGGAGUAGGAGCCGAGAGAGGAGUAAGAGUCGUGAGAGGAAGAGGGAUAGGUCUGGAGAGAGGCGGAGAGAUAGGUCUGGGGAGAGGCGGAGGGAUAGGUCUGGGGAGAGGCGGAGACAUCGCAGCAGGAGCAGGGAUCGCAAUGGGCACAGAGAUCGGUCCCGGUCCAGCAGCAGGUGAAGACUAGCAGUGACCGUACCAACUCUACCAGCUGGAUUAUAUAAUUAUAAUACUCGUGUAUGAACUGUGGCUGUAAUGCUGAUUUCCGUUUACAUAUAAUUAUUACGAUUGCUUAAUUUACAUUGUACACGCUCCUAUUUAAUCGAUAUCGUUGACAUGAUAAUUA